AUGGAUGACAUCGCGGGCAAGGUAGUGAACCAGAGAGACACGCAGCACGAUCUGGCGGAGGUUCCUGAAGAAGGUCCGCCUAAGAAGGAGAGCGCGGCGCUGAUCUUGAGGCGGCUCACCAAGAUGGUGGAGCACCAGCUGGGAGAGCUACAGCGGCGCUUUGAAACCCUCACGCAGGAUUUCAUGGAUGAGAUGAUGCAGGCUUUGGAUGAAGAGGAGGAAGACGAGGCUCGCCCUUCAACGGAGCUGGCCCGGCAAACGUUGGCCACCCGUGCGGCGUCUCUGCCUCCCUUCGAGCGAGGCGACGCAGAGGUCGCUCCAGCUUGCUUGGCGUCGCUACCAGCUCGCAACGGGCAAAUCAAACUCGCGCGAAAGCUCGCCAUGCAGUAUGCUGAGGCGCACCGUCACGCUCUGCUGACGGCAGAAAGGCUGUUGGAGAAGGCCGAGUCGUUGGAGGAGGCCACGAACGCAUACUAUUGCAAGGCGCGGGAGGCCUUGAUGCAGGCCGGCAUGUGCCAGGCAGCCAAGGGCAAGAGAGCCCUCGGGCACGGUCUUGGACAGACAAAGGACUACUUCCAGCGGGCGGAGGCGGACUUUUUAGCCGCCGUCGAGGCCUUGCGCAGACUGCCACAGCCGAGUCAGCGCACCUCCACCAGCGGCAGCGGCGAGCUGACUGUGGAAGGCCAGCCAGUGCCUGCGGGGCUGGGUGAGUUCCUGUGCGCCAUCCAGAAGCAGGCCUGCGUGCCCGAAUGCGAGGCGGAGAUUCCAGGCGUGGGCACCAUGGCUGUCUUGGCCACGGACGAGGCCCAGCCGGCUGUGCCCCCGGCCACCGUCUCUGCGGAGGCCGAGUUGGGCAAAGAGCCCUCGUUGAGCGAGGUCUCCUCCUUGACUCAGCCCGAGUUGACCGACGUGGAAGGCUCGCCUUCCCGCGACCCGGAACUCGGCAACGAGCCGGGCGUCGAUUCCGGCGGCGUCCAUACUUUAAUCUGA